UGAUCGCCAAACAAUGACGACAAGAGAAUCCGGCUUUAGGCAGCUUAGGACUGCUUAGGACCGUCUGAUACUAAUAUUGCUGCCGGACAACCUUCUCCCUAUCUCUGACUCCCACCAUGUCGGACAUCAAGUCAUUCGGAAGAAAGUCCAAGGAGACGGCCUCACCACUUCUGCCAGGCGCCCCCCCUCAGAGCACGGCCUCGUCUAAGUGCAAGUUUUCCGCGCGCUACCCGUGGGCCAAGACCAUCCUCUGCGUCGUUCUCGCUGCAACCGUGUUGUUGAAGUGGACCGACGCGUUCACGGCGUGCCAUGAGUACCUCGCCCCGCCAUCUGUGGAUGAGGUUUGCUCCCAGGCUCAGGAGAUUGUCCCGGAACAGAAUGGUGCAAUCUGGAAGAAUCUUACCGAUGUAUUCGGCGCAGAGGCAUUCAGGCUGGAAUUGGCGGAGUCGCUUGGGGGUGCAGUGAGAAUCCCUACAGAGUCUUUCGAUGACAUGGGCCCCAUAGGUGAAGACCCACGCUGGAACACCUUUGGUCCCCUGCAUGAUUACCUAUACAGCAGGUUCCCUUUGGUGCACUCGUCCCUCAAGUUGCGGAAGAUCAAUACCUACGGGCUACUGUAUGAAUGGGCAGGCUCAGACAGGUCACUCGACCCUUUCUUGCUCACUGCCCAUCAGGAUGUUGUUCCGGUUGAGCCUAAGACUGCCGGGGACUGGGCGUAUCCGCCUUUCUCAGGUCAUUAUGACGGCGAGCGUGUUUGGGGUCGCGGAGCGUCCGAUGACAAGUCUGGCUUGAUUGGCUUGAUGACGACCAUGGAGUAUCUCUUGCAAAACAACUUCUCCCCUUCACGCACACUUGUUCUCGCCAUUGGCUUUGACGAGGAGAUCAGCGGUCCGCGUGGAGCGCAAAGUCUGGCAGAUGCUAUGCGCGAGACAUACGGCGAGAAGGGCUUUGCCAUGAUUUUGGAUGAAGGAGCUGGCUACGGCGAUCUCUACGGCCAAGCUAUCGCCAGUCCGGGCAUUGCUGAGAAGGGUUAUGUGGAUGUCCGUGUCGAAGUUAACACACCGGGCGGUCACUCUAGCAUUCCGCCUCCUCAUACGAGCAUCGGUAUGCUAUCCGAAAUGUUGGUACACCUUGAGAAAAAUCCCUUUGAAGCGCAACUGGCUCGCGGCUCACCCAUGUACAAGAACGUGCAGUGCAUUGCUCGCUGGUCACCUGGCCUUGAUCCGGACCUGAGGAAACAAAUAUUGCGGUCCGAGAAUUCGGACCGCGCUCUACACGCGGCUGAAAAGGUUCUAUUCAACAACUACUUGUUCAAGAACAUGGUUGGCACGACCCAGGCUAUUGAUCUGAUUCAUGGCGGUGUGAAAGUCAACGCGCUUCCAGAGCAGGUGUAUGCGAUAGUAAACCAUCGCAUCUCGACUGAAAGCUCGGUUGCUGUUACGCAAGCGCAUGACCGAGAUCUACUUUAUGAUUUCGCCCAGCAAUUCAAUCUAUCUUAUGUCGCGUUCGGCGAGCAGCUAACAGACGACAACCUACCAACAUUCGGUACCUUAGUCGUCCAGAACAACCACGGAGAUGGCCUCGAGCCUGCACCUACGACGCCGACGGACGCCGACGCUCUGCCUUAUCGCGUCCUUUCCGGCUCUAUCAAGGCGGCCUACAACUCCCACCGAAACAUUGAAGGGGAUGACAAUGUUAUAGUUAGCCCUGGAAUCAUGUCCGGAAACUCAGACACACGCUAUUAUUGGGACCUCUCCGACCACAUCUUCCGCUACCGCCAUACCGCAUUGGCUGUCGGCGGUUCCUUGCUGAAGGGCGUCCACACAGUCAACGAGUCGCUUGAGAUGGAUAACUACGUGGAGAUGGUCCGGUUCAUGGUCGCAGUUGUGCUCAAUGCAGAUGAAACUGCUCUGUCUUGAACAUACCAAGCUUGUAGGCUCAAUUGUGUAUGCGGUUUCACGGAAAUCGAAGUU